AACUCUCUGUGGUCCACUCCUUCUAGGUGCCGGUGUCCAUGGCUAUGUUGACCCCCCAGAUGAUCAGUCCUCAACAGAUGCAGCAGAUCCUGUCCCCUCCUCAGCUACAGGCCCUGCUGCAACAACAACAGGCCCUUAUGCUUCAGCAGCUACAGGAGUACUAUAAGAAGCAGCAGGAGCAGCUGCAUCUUCAGCUUCUGACUCAGCAGCAGCAGCAGGCUGGGAAGCAGGCAGCCAAAGAGCAGCAGAUAGGUAACAAGCAGUUGGCUUUCCAGCAGCAGCUCAUUCAGAUGCAGCAGCUUCAACAGCAGCACAUGAUCAACCUGCAGAGACAAGGCCUGGUCUCCCUACAGCCCACUAACCCCAUGCAGAGCCUGCAGCAAGCCAUGUGUCCAGGGGACCUGCAGCAGCUGUGGAAGGAGGUGUCGGGGGUGCAGUCUGCAGAGGAGGCCCUGAAGCAGCAGCAGCAGCAGACUGGAGAGGGUCUGGACCUCAGCACCAACUCUACCUCAUCCUCUUUCCCCAAAGCAAACACACACAGCAGUCUGCACAUCCUGCACAACGGACAGGACAACCACACCCCAAAGAGAGACAGAGCAAGACUCUUUGAAUGGAUCUCCUCCUUCAGCAAGGCAGACCUCGGAGAUGAACACCUCACGCCUUACUCCAAAGGUGGGCCCUAUCCCAGCAGCCACCACGAGGAGCAUGCAUGUUCCCAUCCUCUCUAUGGCCAUGGAGAGUGUAAAUGGCCUGGCUGUGAGGCUCUGUGUGAUGACAUGGGACAGUUCAUCAAGAUGACCCACCUGCACAUGCGCCCAUCGGAGCCAAAGCCUUUCAACCAACCUCUGAACCUGGCGUCCAGUGGCUCUCUGCUGAAGAGGGAGAGCGAGGCGUACCCCGAGGGUCUACCUCACCCCCCCACCUCCGCCACCGCCCCCAUCACCCCGCUCCGCCAGGGCCCCUCUGUCAUCAGCUCCUCCAGCCUGCACUCACACUCACACCCGCACGGCGUGGGACCCAUACGCAGGCGCAUCGCUGACAAGUUCUGCACCCCCAUCGCCUCAGAGCUGGCACAGAACUGUGAGUUCUAUAAGAACGCUGAUGUCAGACCUCCCUUCACCUACGCCUCUCUCAUACGCCACGCCAUUCUGGAGGCUCCAGACAUGCAGCUGACUCUUAAUGAGAUCUAUAACUGGUUUACGCGAAUGUUUGCCUACUUCAGGAGAAACACAGCCACAUGGAAGAGUUCUGUGAGCUAUGACAUGGCCUACGAAGACGGUUCCACUUAGCUCAGUGGAAACACAUCUCACUAUCACAGAGCCUCAUUACAGAGUCACACACACAUGCAAUGGCUUCUCUCACACACACAUUCUCACAAACACACUCUCGCAGUCCAUGACUCACACACAGACUCACACACACCUGGCUGGACCCUGACAGUGUAGGUGCUGACCCAUUUCUACUGAAGCCUCAUUCUAAUUUGAGUGUCAGCUCCUCCGGAGAGAGGGAGAUUGAGCGAGAGAAUGAGAGAGACAGAUGAUAGGAGGGGUGAAGAGGAGGUGUCAUGGCCCAAGCCUCGCGCUAAUAGCCUUGAAUUGGGAAGGGAGGGAGUGAGGGACUAAGGGAGGGAGUGAGGGACUAAGGGAGGGAGAGAGGGAGAUGCCAGCCAGGAAUAUCUUUGCCGCCUCAUUUCACUUUUAUGAAAUUUUACAAUUAAUGUAUUCUCCCGCUUCCUCUCCACCUAGGACCGGCCCUUUAAAUAUCUACCUUUAUAUAUUAAUAUAUGUAUGGAGUGUCCAGAGGUUUGGCCUGUAUUAAAUAUAGAGGAAGAUG